CUUUGCUCUCACAUCAUGCUCUCCUCUUCCCUAGACACGUGCUAUGUCCUCUCCUUUGCCAUCAUAAUGCUCAACACCAGCCUACACAACCCCAAUGUCAAGGACAAGCCUACGGUGGAAAGGUUCAUCGCCAUGAACCGAGGGAUCAACGACGGAGGGGACCUGCCCGAGGAGCUGCUCCGGAAUCUCUACGAGAGCAUAAAAAAUGAACCCUUUAAAAUCCCAGAAGAUGAUGGCAACGACCUCACGCACACUUUCUUCAAUCCGGACCGAGAAGGCUGGCUGCUGAAACUAGGUAGGUCACCUCCUCCAGCCUGGGGCCCCUAUAACAGGGCUCAGGAAGAAGGGAUACAAAGACUUGGG